AUGUCCUCCACCAAUAAGCAUACCCAAUCCCGCCCCGUCGACGUCGAGCAGCAGUGCGGAGUUACUCUGCCAGACGGUGCUCAGUGUGCUCGGUCCCCGGACCCCGAAAACGAGUUCAAACCAAACCAACACCAGGUCCACUUCACUGACCCAGAAACAAAACAAUACCUUCAAUCCCCCGACAUCCAAACCACCCCUGAAAAACAUCUCGCAAUAACAGAACCCACAUCCCACACAACCAUCGCAAAAGACAGUCUCACCUACCUCCUCCAAUUCACAGAACCCUACACCACAACCCCGAGCAAAAUCAAAAACUCGUACCUACUAAGCUACGCAACAAACUACUGGGCCGUGCAUGCCCGUCUAGCCAACCCAGAAACAAACUCAGAACUGACAGCUCUAAUCCUCCGAUUCCUAAAUUCAGGAACAGCAUACAUAAACUGGACAGCUUUUCUGGAUGGCUACACGCCCUUCUCUGGAACAGAUGGCUCCAGUCUUAUCCGCCACCCACAUCAGAUUUACUACGCCGCAUCAUUCGGUCUAACAAACAUCGUCACCGCGCUCCUUGAUGCCGGUGCUCCGGUCGAUAGUAGGGGACCGAGCGGGAGCGCGCUAGCUGCUGCUUCCUUGGCGGGACAUCUAGAUACUGUUAAAGUGCUCGUUGACUCCGGGGCGGAUUUAAAUCUGGCGGGGCCUUUUGGGACGCCGCUCGUUUUGGCUUCUGGGAGAGGUUUUGUGAGCAUUGUACAGUUUCUGAUGGAGCGGGGGGCGGAUGUUGAGGCGAGGGGAGAGUGGAGUGAGACGGCCGUUGUUGAAGCAAGGAAGAAUGGAUUUGAGGAUGUUGUGGGGGUUAUUUUGGGGAGGUAGGGUUGUCUUAGCUCAUUCUUUCAUC